CAAUGGUGACCCCUCCUCUGUGUGUCCUGACCCCGCUUGGUGCUGAGCACCGUUGAUAUCCCCGCGCCAGUGGCACCGCGCAGCAUGGGGCUGUCGUGCCCUGUGGGCCUCUUGCUGGUGCUCGCUCUGGUCCCGCUGGGCACCAGCACCUGGCAGUGCCCCCGCAUCCCUUACAGCUCUACCAGGAACUUCUCCGUCACCUACACGUUGCCCAGCCUCGAUGCCGGCAGCCCCGUGCAGAAUGUUGCUGUCUUCGCCAACUCCGCCGGCCCGGCUGCCAUCUUCGUGGCCGUCCGCAACCGCAUCCUGCUGGCCAGCCCCGAGCUGCGCCUCCUCUCUGUCCUCAUCACCGGCCCGGUGGGCAGUGCUGAGUGCGAGAUCUGCCGCCUGUGCCCAGACACCAUGGACGGCCCCAAGGACACAGACAAUGUCUUGCUGCUGCUGGACCCACUGGAGCCAUGGCUGUACAGCUGUGGCACAGCGCAGCACGGGCUGUGCUACCAACACCAGCUGGAGGUGCAGGACGGCCAGGUGGCCAUCACGACCACACACUGCCUGUACUCGGCCACGGGCAACAGCCCUGCAACCUGCCCUGACUGUGUGGCCAGCCCCCUGGGGACCAGUGCCACCGUGGUGGCCACCUCCUACGCCUCUUUAUUCUACCUCGGCUCCACCAUCAACAGCAGUGUGGCAGCGCGGUACAGCCCGCAGUCAGUGUCCAUCCGCAGGCUGAAGGGCACCUUGGACGGCUUCUCAGAUGACUUCCGGUGGCUGACGGUGCUGCCGCAACACCGGGACAACUACACCAUCCAUUACGUGCACUCCUUCACCGAUGGGGACCACGUCUACUUCCUGACAGUGCAGCCGGAGCGGCCGGGCUCAGCAGCGUACCACACACGCCUGGCGCGGCUCAGCACCCAGGAGCGCGACCUCCGCCACUACCGCGAGCUCGUCCUCGACUGCCGCUUCGAGUCCAAGCGGCGGCGGCGGCGGCGCAGCGGCGAGGAGGAUGCCGAGUGGGAUGUCGCCUACAAUGUGUUGCAGGCAGCCCAUGCUGCUCGCCCCGGUGCCCGCCUGGCCCGUGACCUUGGCAUCAAUGACACCGACAUGGUGCUCUUUGGUGCCUUCGCCGAGAGCCGGCCAGAGAGCCGGGUGCCACGGGAGAACUCGGCCGUCUGCGCCUUCCCCCUCCGCCUCCUCAACCAGGCCAUGGAGGAGGGCAUGGAGAAGUGCUGCAGCACCGGGCACCAGCCGCUGCUGCGGGGGCUCAGCUUCUUCCAGCCGGUGCAGUACUGCCCACACAACGUGAACCUCUCGGCUCCAGUGACCAACACCAGCUGCUGGGACCAACCCACCCUCGUCCCUGCUGCCUCCCAUAAGGUGGACCUGUUCAACGGGCAGCUGGCCGGCAUCCUCCUCACCUCCAUCUUUGUCACCGCCCUGGGAGACGUCACCGUGGCCCACAUGGGCACAGUGGAGGGACGCGUCUUCCAGAUGGUGCUCCAGCGCUCCAGCUCCUACCUCCUCACCUUGGCCAACUUCUCCCUGGGGGAGCCGGGGCCGGUGCGGGGAGCCAUGGGACUGCAGAGCCACUCGCUGUUCUUCACUGCUGGCACCAAGGUAUGGCGCCUGAACGUCACGGGCCCCGGCUGCCGCCACUUCUCCACGUGCCAGCGGUGCCUGCGGGCCGAGCGCUUCAUGGGCUGCGGCUGGUGCGGGGAUGGCUGCACACGCCACCAUGAGUGCGCGGGUCCCUGGGUCCAGGACAGCUGCCCGCCCGUCCUCACUGAUUUCCACCCCCGGAGUGCCCCACUGCGGGGCCGGACACGGGUGACGCUCUGUGGCAUGACCUUCCGCUCCCACUUGGACUCCGACCCCCGCCACAGCCCCCCUGGCACCUACCGGGUGUCAGUGGGACGGCGAGGCUGCGCUGUGCUGCCAGAGGAGACCAGGAGCCACAGACCCCUGCCCACCUCCCGCCGCAAGGACUUUGUGGACGUGCUGGUGUGUGAGCUGGAGCCGGGGAGCCCAAUGGCAGCGGGGGGGGCAGCCGAUGUGGUGCUCACUGUGGAGGAACCCACCAGACCCUCUGGCUUCCACGUCCAUGGAUCAGCCACCCUCGGCGGCUUUGUCUUUGUGGAGCCCCACAUCAGAGACCUGCACCCCCAGUUUGGUCCCCGGGGGGGUGGCACUCACCUCUUUCUCCAUGGCACCCACCUCUCAGCGGGGAGCAGCUGGAGAGUGAUGGUCAAUGGCUCCGAGUGCCCACUGGCCAUGCAGCCCAGCCAAGGUGACAGGGCAAUUCAGUGCACAGCUCCCACCGCUGGUGGCUUGGGCGCAGCCUGGGUGUCCCUGUGGAUCGACGGGGAGGAGUUCCUGGCACCCCUGCCCUUCCAGUACCGCCCAGACCCCUCCAUUUUGUCCGUCAUCCCCAGCUGCAGCUAUGAGGGCUCGAUGCUCACAAUCAUCGGCACCCACCUGGACUCGGUGUAUCGCACCAAGAUCCGCUUUGAAGCCAGCGGCGUGAAGACUGAAGCCACAGAGUGCGAGGGCCCGCAGGCGCCAGAACAGCUGCUGUGCCGCAGCCCAAGCUUCCCCUUCGAGGGCAAGGUGGAGACAGCGCUGGGGAACCUGAGCGUGCUGCUGGAUGGCAACACUGGCCACCAGCUCUUCCGUCUACGCUACUACCCCAAGCCCAAGUUCUUCUUCCCCUCAGAGACAGAGGGCGGGCGCCUCCGCCUCAAGCCUGGCGACAAUGAGAUCAAGGUGCAACAAUUAGGGCUGGACACCGUGGCCUCCUGCAUGAACGUCACCAUGACGGUGGAGGGCCGGGACUGCCACCCCAAUGUGCUGAAGAAUGAGGUGACGUGCCGCCUGCCCCGCGACCUGCACCUGCCCCCUGCAGAUAGCCCCACGGUGAAGGACCUCAUUGGAUUCGGGCUGCAGGUGGCCCUGGGCAUGGAGUACCUGGCCCAGAAGAAGUUUGUGCAUCGGGACCUGGCAGCCAGGAACUGCAUGCUGGACGAGACACUGACGGUGAAGGUGGCUGACUUCGGGCUGGCACGGGACGUGUUUGGCAAGGAGUACUACAGUGUCCGGCAGCACCGCCACGCCAAGCUGCCCGUCAAGUGGAUGGCACUGGAGAGCCUCCAGACCCAAAAAUUCACCACCAAGUCAGAUGUGUGGUCCUUUGGUGUGCUCAUGUGGGAGCUGCUGACGCGGGGGGCAUCGCCGUACCCUGGAGUGGACCCCUACGACAUGGCGCGCUACCUGCUGCGGGGGAGACGCCUGCCACAGCCCUGCCACUGCCCUGACACCCUAUACGGGGUGAUGCUGAAUUGCUGGGCGCCAGCACCUGAGGAGAGGCCAUCCUUCACGGAGCUGGUGGGCGAGCUGGAGCAUGUCCUGGCCACGCUGGAGGGUGAGCACUACGUCAAUCUGGCUGUCACCUAUGUCAACCUGGAGCGUGGCCCCCCCUUCCCUCCUGCGCCCCUGGGGCAGCUGCCCAGUGGUGAGGAUGAGGAUGAGGAUAAUGACCACGAGGAGGAAGAGGAGGAAAAGGAAGAAGAGGAGAAGGAUGCAGCCGUGUGUUGAUGGGGUGCCCUGCACUGUGGGGGCUCCUGGACCCCCAUACACUGUGGGGACACUCGCCCUAGGAGGGAUGCAGCGUGCAGCAGGUGCUAUGGGGCACCCUCCCUAUGGGAUGGGUGCUGGGAGGCAGCUGGGUGCUGUGGGUGCUCUCCCACAGCACACACCCAGACUCUGCUGGGUGCUCCCCAGGCUUGGUCCCACACCACGGGGUGCCAUGGGGCUCAGUCCUGCACUGGCUGGGUGCUGGGAGGCUCCGCCCCACAGUGGUGAGGCUGUGCUGUGGGGUCUGGGGCUCAGCCCACAGCAGCAGGGUACCAGGGGCCCCAAGCUCAGCCCCCUGGCCCUGAGGCUGUGCUGUGGGGCCCCAGUUCAGCCCCAGUGAGUGCCAUGGGGUGGCCUGACCCACCCACGGGUCCCAUGGGGUUUCCAAUCCCUCGACUGCUCAAA